UUUAUAUUUCACUAGUGUAACAAUAAAAAAAACUUGUAUUUUCAAUAAAUGCAGAUUCCCAACUACACAAAAAAACCACAAUAUUCUAAUUCAAUUGACUUACAAACUUGUUCACUAACAGAAUAUAAACACAGAUUCCCGAGUACACAAAAUACCCACAAUAUUCAAAUGCAAACUGACUUACAAACUGGUUCAUAAACAGAAUAUAACACAGAUUCCCAACUACACAAAAAAAGACCACAAUGUUCUAAUCCAAACUUGUUCACAAACAGAAUAACAUCAGUUGGCCUACAAAAUAACUACAAGCUUCCAAAAUAAUAACAAAACAAGUCUCUUUGGCUUUCAAAAAUAUGCCUAAUCAAGUACUUAACAAAACAAGCCUCAUUAUAUACUUAAUCAUUCAAACAUGCAUAAUCAACAUUAAAACCUCAUCAAAGAAAGGAAUUUAUCUGCACUCAUCUUGGGAAGAAGAUGAUCAUAUUUAGUGGUCAUGGGGUUGCCAAUAGCAAUCCUACUCAGCCUCAUUCUCUCUUCAAAUUCAUCAUCAAGUUUAGAUGUUUCCCUGGAAGUUGAUGUUGUUGCCUUGGAAGGUGGCUUCCAAACAGGCUGUGAAGAUGUCUUAGAAGCUGUUUUAGCUGCCUUGGAAGGUGGUGGCUUGGAAGAUGUUCCCUUGGAAGUUGUUGCCUUGGAAGUUGUUGCCUUGGAAGCUGGUGGCUUGGAAGUUGUUUCCUUUGAAGCUGGUGGCUUGGUAGCUGUAGCCUUUGAAGGUGGUGGCUUGGAAGCUGUUGCUUUGGAAGGUGGUGGCUUGGAAGCUGUUACCUUGGAAUGUGGCUUGGAAGCUGUUGCCUUGGAAUGUGGCUUGGAAGAUGCUUUUGAAGUUGUUGCCUUUGAAGAUGCUUUUGAAGUUGCCUUAGAAGGAGCUUAAACUUGGACAGUGGGGCCAUCACAUUGAACAGUGGGGCCUUCAGCUUGUAGAUCACCCUGAAUAUUUAAAAGACAAUAAUGACAAACUACUGUUCAAAAUAUAUACAUCAUAUUCAAAAAAUAACUAUGAUCUUGUAAAUAUAUCUUGUGUAUUUUCUUUUUUUUUGUGGUUGAUGGCAGUAUUUGAUGCUUUCCUCUUGCCAACUCUACUUGACUCAGCAGCUUGUGACAAUGGAAUUUCAGCUUCAGGAUUGUUGGAUGCUUGGAAUUGGCUGUCACCUUCAACAUUUGCCUACAAACAACAUCAUCAAAUGCAAAUCAACUAAACAGUAUUAAAAUACAAACAAUAUCAGCUAAUGCAAAUCAACUAAACAGUAACA